GGCUCAUUCAGUGACUCAGUGUGACGCCAUGCAGGAAGUACAUCCCCCCCCAGCUCUCAUUUCCGGCUUCCGUCGCUCAGCCCUUCCUUUCCGGCGCGGUGUGUGUGCGGCCUUAGCGCUCGGUGCUCGGUUCGGUCCAUCCACGAUGCAGAACGACGCCGGCGAGUUCGUGGAUCUCUACGUGCCUCGGAAAUGCUCUGCCAGCAACCGAAUAAUUGGUGCUAAGGACCAUGCUUCCAUUCAGAUUAACAUUUCUGAGGUUGACAAGGUAACGGGCAGAGUCAAUGGCCAGUUCAAAACAUACGCCAUCUGUGGAGCGAUCCGUAGGAUGGGGGAAUCAGAUGACUCCAUUCUGCGUCUGGCAAAAAAUGAUGGAAUUGUUUCCAAGAACUUCUAACAACUGAAAUUGGAAUGGAUACAUUGGAUGUAAAAUAAACAGUUCCAACCUGUA